UUUACAUCACCACACAAAAACCCAUAAAAUCAAAAAUCGUUACCCACAUUUCUUUCAUUCUAUCCUAAAUCCUCAUCACUCAACCUGAGCUCACAAAUACACUAAAACAAAAAGAGAGAGAGCUUAAGGCGGAGAAGAAGAGGAACCAAACGAAAACAAACAACAAUGGCUGUCUCAACCAUCUACUCAACACAAGCCCUCAAUUCAACUCAUUUCUUAACCUCUUCAUCCUCCUCCAAACAAGUCUUCCUCUACCGUCGUCAACCUCAAACCAACCGUAGAUUCAACACUCUCAUCACUUGCUCACAAGAAACCAUCGUGAUCGGGCUCGCUGCCGACUCUGGCUGCGGCAAGAGUACCUUUAUGCGGAGGCUCACCAGCGUCUUCGGUGGUGCUGCCAAGCCACCGAAAGGCGGGAACCCUGACUCCAACACACUCAUCAGCGACACCACCACCGUGAUCUGUCUUGACGAUUACCAUUCCUUGGACAGGUACGGUCGCAAAGAGCAAAAGGUCACCGCUCUGGACCCACGCGCCAAUGACUUUGAUCUCAUGUAUGAGCAAGUCAAGGCUCUUAAGAGUGGUGUCGCCGUCGAGAAACCGAUAUACAACCAUGUCACUGGACUUCUUGACGCACCUGAGCUUAUCCAGCCUCCUAAGAUUCUUGUCAUCGAAGGUCUUCACCCAAUGUUUGAUGAGAGAGUAAGAGACUUACUUGACUUCAGUAUCUACUUAGACAUUAGCAACGAAGUCAAAUUCGCUUGGAAGAUUCAGAGGGACAUGGCUGAAAGAGGUCACAGUUUGGAGAGCAUCAAAGCCAGUAUCGAAGCACGAAAGCCCGACUUCGAUGCAUUCAUCGACCCGCAAAAGCAGUACGCGGAUGCGGUCAUCGAAGUGCUUCCUACACAGCUCAUUCCAGAUGACAAUGAAGGGAAAGUGUUGAGAGUGAGAUUGAUAAUGAAGGAAGGUGUGAAAUACUUUAGCCCGGUUUACCUAUUCGAUGAAGGUUCAACCAUCUCUUGGAUCCCUUGCGGCCGCAAACUCACCUGCUCGUACCCUGGCAUCAAGUUCAACUACGAACCUGAUUCUUACUUUGACCAUGAGGUAUCAGUUUUGGAGAUGGAUGGGCAAUUCGAUAGACUGGACGAGCUGAUUUACGUGGAAAGUCAUCUGAGCAACCUGUCUACCAAAUUCUAUGGUGAAGUCACUCAACAAAUGCUCAAGCAUGCUGAUUUCCCUGGUAGCAACAAUGGGACUGGUCUAUUCCAAACCAUUGUUGGAUUGAAGAUCAGAGAUCUUUACGAGCAGCUCAUUGCCAACAAAGCAACUGCUCGUGCUGAAGCUGCUAAAGCCUAAAAAAACAAACAAAGAGAUGCCAAAUAGAACGAACGCGUCGAUAAAUCCAUCCGCAGUUUCUUCUUUUCUUAUUUCUUUCUCUCUUUCUUUCUUUAUCGGUUGUUUACCGCGGAUUUUCACAUGGCGAAAAGGACGGUCUUUGCUUGUUUGUAAUUUGUGUGGGAGAUAAAAAAAAGAAAAGCCUGUAAUGUAGAGAAGUUAAAUAGCAGAGCAAAUAACAGUUCAGUUUAUAGAACU